CUAAAUUUGUUCCCAACUAGGAUAUUUAGGAACAAAGGAGGCAUUUCUCUACACUCUGCACUGUACCUCCUCUCCUCAGUUCAUCUUGCUGCAUCAAUCAACUGUAUACAAUAAGCUUUACAAUCCUUCUCUCCAGCAAUUCACAACAAUCUAUUGGUUAAGCAACCAUAAAAUCUUGAGAUGGUUUUCUCUCGAGGCAUGAAACGUCCCAUUGGGAUUCUUUAUAAGACGCUGAGCAGUCCCAUGUAUUGUGGGCAAAGUUAUUCUACUUGUGCAUAUAGGGGAAGUUCCAUUGUUGAAGUUGGAGAGAUUAAAAAAUUAUUUUCCUCUAACUAUGCCAAUCCACACCGUGCUUUUGGAAUGUUUUUGAGAAGAUAUGCAGUUGAAGUUCCAGCUUCGGAACAGAUGAGUCUUAUAAAGCAGUUGAGGGAAAAAACAAGUGCUCCUAUUAAAGAUGUGAAGUCUUCUCUGAUUGAUUGCAAUUGGGACAUUGAUGCUGCACAAAAGGACCUGAGGAAAAGAGGGGUGGUUCUUGUGUCGAAAAAGUCAUCUCGAACUGCAGCUGAGGGUUUGCUUGCAUUAGUGCAGAAUGAGAGCAAGGCUGCUGUCAUUGAACUUAAUUGUGAAACAGACUUUGUUGCAAGAAAUGAAAUAUUUCAAUAUGUGGCGUUAUCUUUAGCAAAGUUAGCUUUGUUGGUUGAAACUUCUUCUCAGCAGGUUUCUGGGGCCUUCUCUAUUGGACCUGAAUGUUUGGAGGAGUUAAAAAUUAAUCUUGACCAUCCUAAAUUAAAUGGAGAAAAAACAGUCCAAAAUGCAAUUACAGAAUUGGCGGCAAUGAUGGGAGAGAAUGUAAAGCUUAGAAGGGGUAUUGCAAUGUCUGCUCCUUCAGGGGGUAUUAUUUCUACAUAUCUCCAUUCGAGCCCUCAACCAGGUUUGGGACGUAUUGCUGGAAUUUUAUCUCUUGAGGUAGAGGAUGGGAAUACUACACUGGAUUCUCUCCAGCAUGUUGGGUCAGAACUAGCAAUGCAUGUAGUUGCUACUAAGCCAUUGUUUCUGACAAAGGAUCUUGUGUCUUCAGAUGCAUUGGAGAAUGAACGUGAGAUUCUUAAGUCUCAGGCUGAAACUACAGGGAAAUCUCAAAUGGCCAUAGAGAAAAUGGUUGAAGGUCGUUUGCGGAAGUACUUUGAGGAAGUAGUUCUCAUGGAGCAAAAGUUUGUUGUAAAUGACACUAUAAAUGUGAAGACACUGUUGAAUAAUUUAUCUAAGGAAGUGGGUUCACCAGUUAAGAUUGGGGGCUUUUGCAGAAUUCAAAUUGGAGAAGGCAUUCAGAGGCUUGAAGCGUCUAAUGAAUCUGAACCCGUGGCUCAAGCUGCUUAAUUUGGGGAUGGUUUUUCCAAAGAUCUAUGAAAAUGCUUUGAAAAGAAUUCUACCGAUGUUACUCUAGAAUUCAGGAUCUCCUGUACUUCCCUACUUCCUUUGAUUGACUAGGUUAAAUUUUACUGUUUGCAUAUAGUAGAUGCUGCAAUAGUUGUUGAGGAUUUACAGAAACCUGAUGGUUGAAGGGUUUUGAUGUUGUCUUUUAAGUUAUGAAAACAGGAUAAUAUUUUUUUUUUGUCCUAUAUUUUGAUUAUGAACUACCAAUAGCAUUCUUGAGAUGGCUAAUUGGAGCAGGAUUCAUUUUUCUGUUACAUGUUUUUGUAGUUCCCGAAGCAUCAAAUUAGAAGAAAUGUUUAGUCUCCAUAACCUAUUGGAGUUUCACUAGAUUUAGACAGCUCUACUUGGUUGUGGAUAGGAACUGAAUUUGAUGUCGUUAGUUUGGGAGCUACUAGGGUCUCCGCUCUUGAAAAAGGUCAUACUGUAUGUAUCUUAUCGCAAUAUAAAUCAUAUAACUACAAUAUUCCGUAACAA